CGGAUUUAAACAUCAAUAUGAUACCCUUAUGUCCUUUGUGACCUGCUUUAAAAAUCUACAGACAAAUAUCUCUGCGAAAACAACGACAAGUCAAAGGAGAAACCAAAAGUACAGCCACGCUAACCAUUAAAGUAUCGAAUAUGUCGACCGUCGUUCUCAUCACCGGAGCCAAUUCAGGCAUUGGCUAUGCCACCGCCAAAGUUCUAGCUGACGCCUCAGCUGAUUAUCAGAUCAUCAUGACUGGAAGGAACAAGGAGCCUCUCGAAGCCGCCAAGGCGGAAAUCGAGGCGACGGGCAUCAAGGGCAAACUCUACUCGACCGUUUUGGACGUGACUAAAGAGGACACCAUCGCGGCAGCGACUGACUUCGUCGAGAAGCAAUUUGGCAGGCUGGAUGUGCUGGUCAACAACGCCGGGUUGAGCGACAACACGUUGCCAAAGGACUGGUCGUUAAAGCAAAAGCUAGACCAGGUGCUUACGACAAACGUAACAGGUCCUGCCAUCGUAGCGGACGCUUUCAAACCUUUGCUUCUCAAGUCCAAGGACGCGCGAUCCAUCUAUGUUUCCUCCGGGUUGGGCUCCUUGACGCAAUGCGCAGAUCCGGAGAGCGUACGCUACCAUUCGAAGUGGACCGUGUACCGAACGAGCAAGUCAGCGCUGAAUAUGUGGGCGCUGCAGGAUUUCAAAGACUUGGCACCGCAAGGUGUCAAAGUCUUCAUAUUCUGUCCCGGAUUGGUGAGGAGCAACCUGAGGGGCAAGGAUGAGGAAAUGGUAUCUGCUGGAGGGAGGGCAACGGAUCCGUCAGUGUCGGGAGAGAACAUCUUGAAGAUCAUAAGAGGUGAACGUGACGCUGAAGCAGGUCAAUUCAUUCACAAAGAUGGCGUGUAUCCCUGGUAAAGCGCUUGGCACUCGGAUAUCGUAACUUGCGUGCAAGAUUGUUGGAAACGAAAGUCGCCCAAAAACGAGCUUUCAAUGCAACGUGUUACCAGUUACUUGUCUUCGUCGCGUUGGUAUCUGCAUAAAACGAACCUCGCUAAAUGAACUAAUCCAAAUCAAACGCCGACAGCUGCUGCAUCGCCACUGCAAAUGCUCAUGCA